AUGAAUAUUGAAUGGGCAAGAAGUCGAACCGGGAACGUAAAUCCAUGACAUGAGUGGUGGACCGCUCGACCUGCUACUUAAGUUGUUUGUUUCGAGUAGAUUCAUAGAUUGCAUCUAUACUAUUGGAACUGUAUAUUGGACAAGUGAUGCAUGCAUAGUUAUGUGCCAGUGGUGGAACAUCGAGUGAUGUAGCUUUAUACCUGGUUAGUGCCGUUGAAUUAAGAGUUGUAGUUUGUACCACCGUCACUGAAUUCAAUACAUAUUGGAACUCUGUUUUAUGGCAUCAUGGUUCACCAUUCUGCAACAGACUAUCGAAAAUCUAGUUGACUAGGAUCCCAUUAUACACCCAUGCCACCACUCUGCACGGAAUGCCUAGGCCAUCCCGACAUUGGUCCGAGGUUGAGCCCGGAGUAUAGAAGUCGAACGCCACUGAAUAGUUACGUCAAACCUAAAAGCAUGAGCAGACUGCUUUUACUGUAUGCCUGGCCUAUUCAAAUACAUUAGCCAGAGGGGUGUGGUAAUAACUGGUGUAAGCAAAUUGACCACGGUCAAAAAUGCAUUACCAGAAUGCACUUAAGCCAACAUUUUGGGAUGGUCUCGUUCCUAAGUCGGCUAAGAGCUUCGGUCCAGAAAAUAAAUUUAUCGUUGGCAUACAGUAAAAUGCAUACCAAACUCGGCCGGUGAUAAAUUUUCAAGACCUCAGUCCUUACUGAUUUUUGAACUCGGCCUUCGGCCUCGUUCAAAAAUCCAGUAAGGACCUCGGUCUUGAAAAUUUAUUUACACCGGCCUCGUUCAGUAUUAUAUAACACCACGGUCUGCAAUUUUGAAUAAUUGUGUAAUGCAUUUAGUAUAGACGAUGGCCUCCUAAUGUGUGCGCCGAUGGAGCCAGCUCAGCUGCUUUCUUUCCUGACGCUAGAUGUCACUAGUAAUAAGCGCCUGAAGACGUAGACUGUGCCGCAAGACGUGAAUCGGUGGAGCGCCUGAACGUAGACUGUGCCGCAUGGCUGAAGUACGCAGUGAAGCUGAGCGCAGUUACAAAUACUGAUCUCAUUGAGCCGUGAAAGGUAAGUAAAGUAGGUAUACAUUUAUAUUUGAAUGGGGACGGCUAGUGCAAUGUUGAGCUGAUGAAAUAGGAUGAUCAGUGAACAGGUGAUUCGACAUUUACAUUACCAAAAUAGCCAAGCAUUGAACUCAUGCGAAAUCUAUGUUGAUAUUAUGCGUACCUAUUCUGUUUAGUGUUAGCUUGCAACUCAUAAUUAAUGAUUUAUUCUAUCUUAUGACCGAGAAAGCAUAUUUUCAACACAAUACCGUUACACUCCGUCCGGUAAAUCUCCUUCGCGAUGUUAUGCUAUGAGCCAUGAACCUCCAAAUUCAGCCUAGUUCCCGCUUCGAUCCUGUCAUCAUCCACCUACUGAACUUCGACCUGUCUUCAAAACGAAAUGUAGACGACGGUCUACCACCGUCGGUGGCGCCCCCCGUCCCUCCCCUCCCCCCAUCUCACUCAGGAGUGAGCAGCGGCACCACAGCGCCUCUGGCGGAAGCCCACGGCAACUGACCGCCGACGGCCGUCUAAAUCGAUAUCAACAUGGCGCCGACGGCGGGACCGUGCCGUGCUCGUGGCGGUGAACGACGGUAUCGCUCAUGAACCGCCCUGAGACCGAGCGCUGACCGGAGUCUGUGUUCGUCGCCCCGGGGCCCGUGCUAGCCGCCAUGCCGACCCGGGUCAUCCACAAGACGCUGGACGAGUGUCUGGCUCCGCGCCAGACCAUGGAGCACGGCCUCUUCCUGACCAGGAAGAUAAUCGGCAGCCAGCAGCUGAGCGCGUGUGACCCGUUCAUCCUGGCCGACCAUGUGGGUCCGAUCCGAUACGGAGCCGGAGAGGCGCUCGGAGUGCCCGACCACCCUCACCGGGGUCUCGUAGUGGUCACCUAUGUGGUGGAGGGCGGCAUGCGCCACCAGGAUUCACUGGGACACAACGGUGAGCUCCUGGCGGGCAGCGUGCAGUGGCUCACCACCGGGCGAGGGCUGGUGCACAGAGAACUGCCCAACGACAGCCUCCUGGCCAACGGGGGCACCUGGGAGGGCUUCCAGCUCUGGGUCAACCUUCCAGCCAAGGACAAGAUGAUGUGCCCCGAGAUGCAAGAGGUUCGUCCCGAAGACGUGCCAGAGCACAUAGAUGAGCAGCAUCGGUUUGCCGUCAAAGUGCUCGUCGGACAGUACAAAGAGCUGCGCUCGCCGAUCCGGACGCACACCCCGGUGACGCUGCUGGACGUGCGGGUGUCGGCCGGCGGCGCGUUCAGCCUGGAGCUGGCCGCCGGCCACACGUGCUGGCUGUACGUGUGGCGGGGCGCCGGACAGCUGGGGCACGCCGAGCAGCGACCCGUCACCGCCGGACACGUGGCGCGACUCAGCGACGAGGGACACGCCUUCCGCGCCGAGGCCGACCGCGAUCAGGAAAUGCGGCUUCUCAUCGGUUCUGGGGUACCUUUGAAGGAAUCAGUCUUCAAGUUCGGUACAUUUGUCAUGAGCUCCGUAUCUGAAAUUGAGCAGGCUCUGGAGGACUACCGCAGCGGUCGGCUGGGUCAGAUCACUGUGGGCGGCGGCCCGGCGCAGGCCGCCGGCUCGGCGGCGCUGCCCGGCGCCGCGCGAGGCCUUGAUCUGCUCAACCCGUUCCAGGGCGAGAUUGAACAGCUGGCGGUGGCCGAGGGCGAGGCACCGGCGCCGGGCCCGGCGGCCCUCUCUGACCCGGCUACGGCUCAUCUCACCAACGGGCAUCGCCACUGACCUAUUGCCUCCGAUUACCCAGCACGCUUUACGCCCCGGAGUGGUUAUCGGCCUUAUCUGAACCAGGCGAACUGUCUGUGUGCCCUGAAACCGACUCAACUACUGGUCUGAGCUGCUUCCCUCGACCAUCCAUUUGUCCGGUAUGGGUACCAACACCGCCGGGAACAAGCACGUUUGAACAGAGCCGAGGCUCUCUCUCAUGCUCUCCUGACCGAAGAGAACGAGUGCGGUUACAGUGCGUUAGCAAAUGCGCAGUGAGCUUAGCUAGAACGGGACCGUGUCCAAUGAUAAACGGCUGGAUGCUUUCAGGGUACGACACCCUCAGAAGCAGACCACAGUAAACGUUAACUACGGUCUACACAGUACGAGUAUGGAGCCCAGGGACAUGUUGUGAAAGUGCAGGGCAGCGUGAAAGUGCACUCAUUGCUAUAUGUACGAUACGGAGCGCGAGACGCGCUCGUCUGUUGGAAAGGAGCGGACCUCACCUGUUUCGCGUCGUUGGAAGGGCCGGCGGAGCCGAGCGAGCGUUACUUUCUGUCGUGAUAUGCAGCUGACGUGUGUGGUGUAUAACGCUUCGAUCCAUGAAUACACACCUUCAGCUGUCGUGCCGAUCUAGUCAUAUAAUACAAACUGAUUGCUAUGCACAGACCAGAA